ACACACUAUCAUUUCAAAUAAUUGCAGACUCGAUUUGAUGACGACGUCGUCCCCGUCCAUCCCUCCCUCCUUCGAUCCGGCCAUCCAUCUUCACUCCGAGGGAGACCCUCCCGAACCCCCCUCCGAUACCUUCUCCGACGAGCUCGAGGCAUUGAAUUUCCAACAGGGAGAUAAUACGCGCAAAGGAAUAGUUAUUCAGCACCGGUCGUGGAAUCUAUCUGAUGUCUUCCGCAGUGACGAGGAUAUAAGGCCUGGUAGACUCGACGAUCCCGAGUGUUGAGUAUAUCAACUGAUUGAGCUCAGAUACUCCGACACGAACUUCCAAGCGGAAGAACAUCUACUCUCCUAUUCGAA